AUGUGGUGUUUUUUUAAACCAGAUCAACUCCAUGUGCUGGAUGGCACCAAGACCUGGUACUUGGAUGGAACUUUCAAGUUGGUGAAACGUCCGUUCACCCAACUGUUCUCAGUUCACGCCUUCGUCAAGGGAGACACCGGUGGGAUGAAGCAGGUUCCGCUGGCCUUUGUCUUGAUUACUCGGCGGACAAAGAAAGACUAUAAGAAGGUGCUCAAGGCCCUGCGGAGAAAGCUGCCGUCCCGUGCUGCAAAUCUUCAAGAGCUGGUGGUGGACUUCAAAGUUGGACUGUGGGGUGCCAUCCGAGCUGUCUUUCCGGAUGCUUCCGUGAAUUGCCGCCUGUUCCAUUGGACACAGGCAGUCUGGAGAAAGUGUCAGGCACUCGGUUUGACAGUACCCUACAUGUCCAACGACAGAGUUCGGGAUUUCAUCGGCCAGCUGUUGUCACUCCCGUUCUUGCCUAAUGAACAUAUCGGGCCAGCUUUUGAAGAACUCAGCAGCCUGGUGACUGAUCAACUGGCCAUGGUCAAGCUGUGCAGCUACCUUCGCACCACAUGGCUGGAGAACUCAACAUGGAGCCCACGUGACUGGUCAGUGUUCAUGCGGAGUAUCCGCACGAACAACGACGUGGAGGGCUGGCAUCGGAGACUUAUUGGGCAGGCAGGACGUCACACCGUCCAAUUCUACAACGUCAUCAAGCUCCUGUACGCAGAAUCCAGCUACGUAAACGUCCAGCUAAGGCUGGUCAAAGAAGCUCGACUCUGCAGGAACCAGCAGCGGAUGUACCGGCAGAUUCAAGGGAAGAUUUUCAAGUUGUGGGACGACUACCAAGCCCGUCGCCUCACAACAUCGGGACUCCUGGCAGCCUGCAAGUACCUGACAGGUCCAGCCCUGUAG